CGCUGGCAGUGAGCACCCAGAUGCAGCAGGUCAUUUCUCGAGUGUCGCUUCGCCGGGCCAUGUCGACAGCCACGCGCAUUGUCCGCUUCCGCGAUGAGCAUGGCGCUGUGCGCUUGGGCCAGCAGGCCACGCCCAGCAGCGCCACAGCGCAGGUGCUCGCGGCGGACAACGUCUUGGGGUCGCUCGCGCUGACGUCCGAGGUCGCGCAGGUGCGCCGGAUCCUCGCGCCGGUCCAGCCGACGCAGAUCAUUGGCAUCGGCCUCAACUACCGCAACCACGCCAAGGAAACCAACAUGCCGAUCCCGACCCACCCCGUCGUCUUUUUCAAGAACGUCAACGCGGUGACGGACCCGGAGAUGCCGAUCGUGCUGCCGCGCAUCGCAAGCGACCCACUCGAAGUCGACUACGAGUGCGAACUCGCGGUCGUGCUCAACGCCGACUGCCGCAACGUCUCGGUCGACGACGCGCUGCGCUACGUCGCGGGCUACACGUGUGCCAACGAUGUCUCGGCGCGUCGGUGGCAGGGCGUGCCUAAGGGCGGUGGCCAGUGGUGCCGCGCCAAGUCGUUUGACACCUUUUGCCCACUCGGGCCGUGCUUGGUGCCGGCAGCAUCGAUCCCCGACCCGCAAAACCUGCGCAUUGAAACGUACUUGAACGGAGCGUGCGUGCAGUCAUCGUCGACGCAAGACAUGAUCUUCUCCGUCGCAGAGCUCAUUAGUCAGCUGUCGCAGGACACGACGCUGCCCGCGGGCACUGUCAUCCUCACCGGCACGCCCGAGGGCGUGGGCUUUACGCGCAAGCCGCCGCUCUACCUCAAGGCCGGCGACACAGUCGAGAUUCGCAUCGAACACAUUGGUUCGCUCGUUAACCACGUCGUCGGCACCUCGGCGCUCUAAGAGACGAAUGCAUCCACGUUCA